UUUCCCGGGUGGAUGAAAUUGGAAAAAUUUCCCAUCAUUCACGAAUCCUGACGUCAUCAAGCAAAACAAAUUUGGUCACCGUCGAAGUGAGGUGAGAGAGGACCUAUGUUUUGAUCAGUCGUGGGCCGUUUUGCAUGGGUUUAAUCAACAAUAUUCACAUACGAACUCAUUCGAGACAUACUGGCAUCCUCGUCAGGUUCAGAAGACGGUGGAGUUUCGCCCCCACCGCGGAAAAAGCAGCGAUUUUCUGCCACUAACAUGCAGGCUAAUGGCUGCCCCCAGCACAAUGGAGCGACUGAGAUAGCAACAACUUCCCAGCAAAACGGAACGUGUGCCUCUCUCACAAAUGGGGAAUUAGACAAGCCCGUACCUCCCAAAUCAAUGUCACAAACUGACCAAGAUAUCGUCCGAUUGAUUGUGCAGCAUUUGAGAGGACUUGGUUUGAACCAAACUGCUGAGCAACUUAUUUCUGAAUCAGGAUGUAUGUUGGAGCAUCCUGCUGCUGCCAAACUUCGUUCUCAUGUAAUGAAUGGAGAAUGGACAAAGGCAGAACUAAACCUGGAGGAACUCAAAACUCUGAUUGAUAGUCCACAAGGAAUAUCUAAGAUGAAAUUCCUGUUAUUGGAGCAGAAGUAUCUGGAGCUGUUAGAAGACGGUCGGGAGAUGGACGCUUUACAUUGUCUCAGACAUGAGCUCACUCCCCUUAAAUUCAACACAGAAAGGGUGCAUGUGUUGUCAGGGUACAUGAUGUGUUGUAACCCUGAAGAUUUACGGGAAACAGCAGAGUGGCAAGGGAGGGGUAUAGAGUCUCGAACCAGGCUUGUGGAAAAGCUUCAGUCAUUCUUGCCACCAACUGUGAUGUUACCACCUCGCCGGUUGCUGACAUUACUAAACCAAGCUGUUGAGAUGCAGAAGGACAAAUGUCCCUACCACAACACAAAGUUCGACAGCAAUCUUGAUGCUGUUUCCCUCCUCAUAGACCAUGUCUGUAGCAGAGAGCAGUUCCCGUCCACCACCAUACAGGUUCUCAAUGAGCACUGUGACGAAGUUUGGUUCUGCCGAUUUUCUCCUGAUGGUACAAAGCUUGCUACAGGAUCUAAAGAUGGCUCACUGAUCAUCUGGGAACUAGACAUGGUGACAUAUGAGCUGACACGGAUGAAGAGCCUAGACAGUCAUUCCUAUGGGGUGUCCUAUAUUGCUUGGAGUCCUGACGGUACACACAUCAUAGCGUGUGGCCCAGAUGACUGCUCUGAUCUUUGGCUCUGGAAUGCAGAGACUGGAGACUUGAGGGUAAAGAUGAGCCAAUCCCCAGAGGAUAGCUUAACCACUGCAGCCUGGCAGCCUGACGGCAAAAAGUUUGUCACCGGAGGCACCAGGGGACAGUUCUAUCAAUGUGACCUUGAUGGUAACAUGAUGGACUCAUGGGAAGGUGUAAGGGUCCAGUGUAUGGCCUGUCAGAAUGACGGCAAGAGUGUCCUGGCCGCUGACACCCACCACAGAAUACGAGGCUACAACUUUGAUGAACUUACAGACUACAACAUAAUUCAGGAAGAUCAUCCCGUCAUGUCUUUCACAUUAAACGAAACGGGGAGAUUAGCAUUAUUGAAUGUCGCGACUCAGGGUGUACAUUUAUGGGAUUUAAAAGAUAGGUGCUUAGUUAGGAAAUUUCAAGGUGUUACACAAGGAUUUUACACAAUACACUCAUGCUUUGGAGGUCUCAACCAGGACUUCAUCGCCAGUGGCAGUGAAGAUCAUAAAGUAUAUAUAUGGCAUUUACGAAGAGAAGUGCCUAUAGCUGUGUUAGAAGGUCAUACAAGGACAGUUAAUUGUGUUCACUGGAACCCCAAAGUGCCUGGGAUCAUAGCUAGUGCUUCAGAUGAUGGCACUGUUCGAAUUUGGGGACCUAUCGAUAAAGUGAAAAUAGGUAAUGGUGCAGAGUCAGGACGGAGUACACCAGUAUAGCAAAAGACAAAGUGUUAUUCAUAGACAAUAGAUCUUUCACUGUCUGGUCUGACUGCCAGCUCUGAUCAUCAACACAUCUCCACCAGACAUCUCUCCAUCUCUCUAUUAUUUAUGAGUGGUAGUAAAACACACGUUACAUCACAGUAGCUACUGAAUGUAAAGGAUAUCUUAUGAAAGAAAUUAUAAUUCCUUGAUGCAUCGAUGUAUCCAUUCAUACCACCAUUGUCCAUGUUUUCUCAUACUCAAUGUGCCACUCCAGAAGUGGCGUCACAGCCUUUGUACCAAAGGUUAACAGAUGUGUCACUCACUAUGUGAUAGAACACGAAACUGUCUGUCUCCACUCAGAUAUUUUUCAACAGGUAGCCAACAUUUAAAACAUUUGGGGAUAUAGUAUACUGUGUUGGGCCGUAUUGGAUGGUCAGUCCAACGUUUGAUAUUGUAGUGAUGAAAAGAUUUACGGAUGCCCAUAGAAUCGUACCAAACAGGUUGGUCAUUUUAAAGUUGCAGUGUUUGAACACGGCAUCAGAGUUGCAAUUGAUACUGAAAUGUAGUUUCCAGAGUGUUUUGUAGUGGAUGUUCAACAACAUUGUAUAUAUACUUUAUAUAUAAGCACAACACUCCAUGUCUUAAAUGUCAAACAAGAAAAUCGACUUCUUCAGUUUUAUAUUAAAACCAGUAAAAAUUAGGGCUUCCAAAAUAUUGCACAUACCAAGAAGCUCCCAGCUAUACACCUGGAAGUUCUAAACACCAGGAACUGUGUACAGACAUUGUUUUAAUCUACCUGAAAAGAGGUGCAAAAUCUUGUUGUGAAUAUAUGUAAUGGGAACUACAUCUACUUGUUUUAGUAUGUCCAUUCUUACAUGUAUCACGAUCCUUAGUCUCGUGUAUAGCCACAUACAUAUUUGGGUUUAAUGUUUCCUGUGCAGUGUUAAACAGUGCUAGAGCAAUGUUGUUUGUUUGAAACAGCUUGGUAGCUUAAGUUUAAUACUUACUUAUGAAGGUUUGUCAACAAAUAUUACAGGAGACAACUUGACCUCCAAAUUUCCCUACAGCGUUUUACCUACCAGAUGCUUCUGUGAUAAUGUUAAUCCAUCAGAGAUUUAUUGUUGAUUGUUUAGAAAGCACUAUGAUAUUCCUAUUACAUGUAUUGUUAAUAAUAAACGAUUGGGAGUUCUUUGUCUAGGUGUCCAAGGUCUGAUUAGCUUUGGGAUACACCAACACAGCAUUUUAAACUCAUUAUUUUCAAACGAUGGAAAUCGAAAACUCAAUUUGUAUAUUUAAAUAUUUAAAAUGAUCUAAUGACAAAAAAUAAAUGCAAAUGUUUAUAUAGUUAGAUUAACUCACAUUUUGAAAAUUAACAUGAACAAAUUUUAAACUGAUCAGGCUUUCAACACCUGGGCCCGAUUAAUCAGCAAAUGAUUUCUAUACCCAGUCCAAAUGAUAGACAUCUGUACUUAUGGUAAAUCUGAUGAUAUUUAAGCUUAGUGGGAAAGAGGCCCAUGUGACAUUAUGAACACAUAGUUUUCUACUAAGGUCCUAAGCCCUAGACGUUCAACCUAAGGGAUCUUGUAGUGUACUUGAAAAGUGACUUGUGUGCCCUUUACCAGUCCUAUUUUGUCUGGUACAUUUUGUAUUUAUAAGAGACAAAAUAGACCGUGGUUUUAGUAGAAGUUGAUGUGUUCAGCUAUAAUCAACCUACAAUUAUCUACAUACAUGCAUACAGCAGCAAUGUGGUGUACACGUAGUCUGAUUUCCACGAAUUUUGACGCCUGAGUGUUAUUUCAGUGAAACUGAGGAGACUAAACCUUUUUCGUGUUUGUUCAAGAUAUUUUGAAAUCUUGAUAACUGUAUGUGUUUGUGCUUUUUACGUCAUACCACGUAACAGAUUGAUAUCUGAUGCUAUAACACCAAGAUCUCUUUGAAAUUAAUAUAAUUAACCUCUGUUGUAUAAAUAUAGCUGAUAUUGAAUAUGCUACUAUAUAUGUAGCUGUCUGUCCAGUGCUGAUGCUAUUCUUAUCUCCCCCUUUUCUGCACUUCCUCUUCCUCUUGAUCUGUCCUGUUAUCUGUCAUUUCACAAUUCUUAUGUUAUCUAUCAAUUCUGAACGUGUAGCAAUUUUUGAAUGGAUUGUUGGCAGUAAUACAAGGUUUGAUUGUUGUACCAAAAUGUGAAAAUGUAGUAAAAUUGAUAACCACAAUUGUUGUUAGAAUGAAAGUACUUAAUGAGAAUGUACAACACUGCUUGGAGGCCACAUGUUUUUGAGAAAUGAAAGUACACGUAAAAAAGAAAGAACAGUGACGAUGCCACUUUUUUUUUAUUUUAUGAUACAUGUUUUCAUAUUUUUACAAUGUAUAUAAUAUAUAUAUCUAAGUUAAUUUGUGUGUAAGUUCUGAGUGGAUGAUUGUCUAUAUUUAAAGGUAGCAUGUAGAAGGACAGGUGUUACAAGUUGGUUUAGACUCUGUUCUUUUUUAGUACAUCGUUUAUGUCCAUGGCUCUUCUUCAUAUUCUGUUGGGUUGAAAACUGAACCAUUAAUUGUACAGGUAUUGUACUGGUAUAAAAAAAUAUAUAUUGAUGUCAUCAAUUUUGUGACAGUUUCUAUAUCGGAUGUACUCAGAAAUUACAUUAAAAUAAAAAAGGGUUACUAAAAGUUUACCCAUUGAAAUAUUUGGCUGGCGGCUGACUUGAAACCUUUGUGGUGGCCAGAGAUAUCAUUUUCUGGAAGCUGAAUUUGAAUCCACCUGACUGCUAGCAUUGUUCAUUGUACGUGUACGUGAAAAAGUCUAAACUUUCAUGAUUAUUUUGAGAUGAACUUUUACCAAAUUCAUGGAUGCAAGGAAGACUCAUUAUUUGGCUUGGGUGUCAUCCAACUUGUAACAUCAUGUGCUGUUAUACUUCAGUGUUCUGUUGGUUUUAUCUUUGAAUUUUAAUUUCCUUUUUAUCUUUUUGUUUGAUUAAUUAAACAAAUUGUUAUGGAAAGAGAGCCCAUUUAUUUAUGUUCUGUCCUGUGUGGGAAUGGUAUAAUUAACCAGUGAUAAAUAACCUGUAAUGUUGUCCGUGAUUCUUCAGUGAUGGAAUGUGCCAGACAGAGGUCAGUAUCAAUGAUAUUCAAUGAUGGUAAGUGUCCGACAGAGGUCAGUGUCAGCGAUCAUUCAAUGAUAGAUAUUUGGUGAUUAUUCAUUGACAGCAUGUCUGACAGAGGUCAAGGUCAGUGAUUAUUCAAGGAUAGCAUGUGUCUGACAGGUCAAGGUCAGUGAUUACUCAAUGAUGGCACGAGUCUGACAGAGGUCACUUGAUUCUUACUGAAGAUUUAUAUCAGUGAAAUUACUGCAUUCUAUGCAUUCAAAUAAAAUGUACAAAAGACAUGAUUAUAUAUUCUCUUGUUACUAUUCAGAAUCUUGGAUUAUUCUUUAAGGAUCCCUGACCCUCUGUACUGUCGUUUUCGUAUAUAUACAGUAACUUCCCCUUUUUGUUUUGGAUAAAACUGCACCACAGUUGGGCCAAGACACUGCCGUUGACCAGGUAGCUCAAUCUGUUUGAGCAAUUGUAUAACAGUGUGAACUCUAGGGUUCAAAUCUAGACCUAGGGUUCAAAUCUAGACCUAGGGUUCAAAUCUAGACCAACUGAAUUUGUUCACUCAGAACUCUGUUGUUGAUUAUAUAUUGUUUAUUUUAUCUUAAUCAUUUUUCCAAAAAGUGCCAGUUUUCACUGCAAAAUACAGUUUUUGGCAGUGGUACAGGGAUCCUUAAGUUGAAAUAAAGACCAGAAUUCUAUGAACAAUGUACCUGCAUGUGGUAUGUGAUGAGUGAAUUGGUACAUAAAAACUUUGUAUAGAUCGAAUCUAUCAAGUUUCUGGGAGUUAUUGU